CUCCCUUCUUCAAACCACUUCAAAAUCCUCACCAUUCUCUCUAUUAUACAUCUCUCUUGUGUUCUAAGCAGCUAGAAGCAACAAUGGAGAGGAAAAGAAGCCAUACCUCUCUUACCAUGCUUGCAAUGCUUGUUGGAUUACUCUCUCAGAGCCUUGUCAUUCCUGUGAUGUCCAUAACUGUUGAAGAUCAGAAGAACUACUACUACACUCCAGAUCCACAUGCUGGAAAUCCCCCCUCAGGUUUCUCUGAUUCUCUGUGCUCACACAGGAGUCCUCCAUCUCAUGGCCAUGGAAGCUCUCCACCAUCACAUGGUGGAGGAAACUGUGGAUCAUCACCCCCACAUCAUGAUCCAACGCCCUCCACUCCAUCGACCCCAUCCACACCAUCAAACCCUCCUUCAGGUGGAUACUAUGGAGGUAGCCCCCCAACACCUAUCACAGUGAGCCCACCAACCACCCCAGUAGACCCUGGCACCCCCUCUAUCCCCUCACCACCUUACAUUCCUUCCCCAUCUCCUUUCACUGGCACAUGCAACUACUGGAGGAAUCAUCCAGCAAUCAUAUGGGGAAUCCUAGGGUGGUGGGGAACCCUUGGAAGUGCAUUUGGUGUGACCAGUGUUCCAGGGUUCAGUCCUGGUCUGAGCUUGCCACAAGCACUUUCCAACACCAGAACCGAUGGUCUAGGAGCACUCUACAGAGAAGGCACAGCUUCAUUCCUCAACUCCAUGGUGAACACCAAGUUCCCUUACACAACCAACCAAGUCAGAGAGAGAUUUGUGGCCUCACUCGGUUCUAACAAAGCUGCACAAGCACAAGCUCAGCUCUUCAAGAUGGCCAAUGAAGGAAGAAUGAAGCCUAGACCAUAGAUUCAUCAUUUAGUCUUAGUUUUAUUUGGUGUGUCAAUUUACUGUGUGAAUUUAAAGCAUUUAUGUUUCAUAUUUCUGUUAGUUUCUGUCAUUCAAUCCUCUCACAUGCGUUAUUAAUAUGUCUUUAGAUGGA